AUGAAGCUUAGAAUUUUCGCGCUAUUCCUUCUCGGUAUCACAGUCGCAUAUCCGAAAAUCCAUAUAGAGGACGUUGUGAAAAAGCGUGAUACGUUUUACCGCAAGAAAAACACAAAUGGCUCCAAAUGUGCUUUAAACGAGACGAUAACUAAUGACUAUGAGAUCCUGUCGUCAGCCGUGUCUGAAUCGAAAUAUAUUUUCACAGCUCGAGUUCUGAGAGUGAGGAAAAUAAAGCGGGGUAAAAAACCUAAAGCUAAAGUAUUCAUGAACUAUAAACUGUAUUUACAUUUGGUUAUGAAAGGCGAUGUAGUAGAGUUGAAAAAAUACGUUUUUCAUGGAAAUGAACGCACGUUGAACGGUGCCAUUGUAUUUGUUGAUUGGCUUCAAACGAAUAAGUGUGCUUACAAACUUUACAGACACUCCUCGGGAAUAUUUUUGAGCGACGGUUUUUACGAAGGCCUUAAUAUUAGGAAGCAGCCGCGGCUGCGAUUGUUGAACGAGCCGCUACCGCUGUCACUUUACGAUCUGGAUAGAGUGAAUGCGGCUUUGAAAGGUAAAUGA